AUGGGUUCAUCAACUCCCUCAGCACAAUUUACACGUCAAACAAUUGAAGGAACGAUUAAAACAUUUUCUACUAAUUCUGAAACUGGUCUCACUCAUAAUGAAGUCGAAUACAAACGAAAGUCGUGUGGUUAUAACGAAUUUGAUGUUGAAGAAGGAGAUCAUCCCUUCAUCAAGUUUAUCAAACAAUUUGUUGAAAAUCCACUUAUUUUACUACUUCUUGCAUCAGCAAUUGUUUCCUUGUUGAUGGGAAACAAAGAUGAUGCCUUCUCAGUACUUUUGGCCGUUGUCAUUGUAACUACAGUUGGAUUUAUACAAGAAUAUCGAUCUGAAAAGUCUUUAGAAGCUUUGGAUAAAUUGGUUCCUCAUAACUGUCAUGUAAUUCGUGAUAGUAAAAUUUGUACAAUCUCAGCCAGAGAAUUAGUCCCUGGUGAUAUUGUAAGCUUCGGUAUUGGCGAUAGAAUCCCAGCAGACUUGCGUAUCAUCUCUGCAGCAAAUUUAGAAAUUGAUGAAUCUAAUUUGACAGGUGAAGCUAAACCUCGAGAAAAAACCAUUAAUGAGAUUUCAUUACACAACGGUCAUAUCGAAUUGUCUAUUCAAGAAAGAAAAAACAUUGCAUUUAUGGGAACUUUGGUUAAAAAUGGUCAUGGAAAAGGCGUAGUAGUUGGAAUAGGUAUACAGACAGAAUUUGGAGUUGUAUUUUCUAUGGUUAAAGAGGCAGAAAGACCUAAAACUCCAUUUCAAAUAAGCAUGGAUGAUCUUGGUAAAAAAUUAUCAUAUUUAUCAGGCUUUAUAAUUUUGAUAAUUGUAAUUAUCGGAAUCGUUCAAGGGCAUAAAUGGUUAGAUAUGUUUACUAUUGGAGUGAGUUUAGCUGUAGCUGCAAUACCGGAAGGUCUUCCUAUUGUGGUAGCUGUUACUUUAGGUUUAGGUGUUCUUAGAAUGGCAAGAAAACAUGCAAUUAUUAAGAAAUUACCAUCUGUAGAAACACUUGGAUCAGUUAAUGUGAUUUGUGUAGAUAAGACUGGUACUCUAACUGAAAAUAUAAUGACUGUCACAAAAAUUUCCACAUUAGAUGAAGAAUCAAUAUUUGAUUUGGAACAUGGCAUGCCAUCUAAAACCAGUCAUGCUAUGAAAGAAGUAUUGAAAAUAGGUGGAAUAUGUAAUAAUGGUCGUAUUGAAAAGGACGGCAAAACUUUUGGACAAGCUACUGAUGUUGCAUUAUUAGAUGCUGUAGUCAAGUUUGGAAUGGAAGAUUUGUUAAAGGAUUAUGAAAGGGUUUCAGAGAUUCCUUUUAAUUCAGAACAGAAAUGGAUGUCAAUAACCUGUAGAAAAAUCAAUUCCGACUCAAAAACUAAUACUAUAUUUUUCAAGGGUUCAAUAGAAGCAGUUUUGGCAAGAUGCAAUUCUUAUUAUAUAUCAGAGUCAAACCGCCCACCAUUAGAUGAUUCAGCUAAAAAUAAAAUAAAUCUUAAUGUUAGUACCAUGUCUUCUCAGGGGCUACGUAUCCUUGGUAUGGCAUUUGGAACUGAAAUAGGAAAACUGACUUAUGCAGGUUGUGUGGCUAUGUAUGAUCCACCAAGAAAAGGUGUUGAUAAAGCAGUUAAGGAUUUGAUUAGAGGUGGCGUAAAAGUUGUAAUGAUUACAGGAGAUUCGGAUCAAACUGCACUUUCUAUUGCAAGAAAACUGGGUAUCCCAGUUAAUGCGCCAUUAAGAUCAAGUUGUCUGACGGGAAAUGAUAUUGAGUCAUUAUCAGAGCUACAAUUAAAAGAAAUUAUUAAUAACGUUUCUGUUUUUGCAAGAACUGCACCAAAGCAUAAAAUGGCGAUUGUUCAAGCAUUACAAUCAAUAGGAGCUGUUGUGGCUAUGACUGGUGAUGGAGUAAAUGAUGCACCAGCUUUGAAAAUAGCAGAUAUUGGAAUAUCGAUGGGGAAAAGUGGUACUGAUGUUGCAAGAGAGGCAGCGGAUAUUAUUUUGGUCAACGAUGAAUUCAAUACUAUUCUAGAUGCAGUAAAAGAAGGGAAAUCAAUUUUUUAUAAUAUAAGAAAUUUUUUAACGUUCCAAUUAAGUACCAGUAUAGCUGCCCUAUCAUUAAUAGCCAUUUCUACAAUUUCUGGAUUGCCUAAUCCUUUAAAUGCUAUGCAAAUUUUAUGGAUUAAUAUUCUUAUGGAUGGACCACCGGCACAAUCAUUAGGAGUUGAGCCAAUUGAUGAAGACAUAAUGAAUAAGCCACCAAGAAAAAAAAAUUCGUCUAUUCUUAAUUCAGAUCUAAUAACGAGAGUGCUGUUUUCAGCUGCGAUUAUUGUAAUAGGAACUUUAUUCACAUAUAUUACUGAGAUGCGAGAUGGAAAAGUAACAGCUAGAGACACUACAAUGACAUUUACUUGUUUUGUGCUAUUUGACAUGUUUAAUGCUUUAUCUUGUAGAUCAGAAAAGAAAUCAAUAUUUAAAAUAGGGCUCUUAUCUAAUUCAAUGUUUAAUCUUGCAGUCUUUGGAUCACUUAUUGGGCAGAUGUUUGUGAUCUAUGUACCAUUUUUCCAAUCAAUAUUUCAAACAGAAGCUCUAACCAUAUAUGAUUUGACAUGGCUUUUUAUAAUAACAUCAUCUGUUUUCUUGUUUGAUGAAAUUCGUAAAUGGCACCGUAAUCAAAAACAAAACGAAGAAGAUAUGAUUGCUGAAAAGCAAAAUUUAAAUAACACAUCAGAAGAUAUGUUGCACUGGGGAAUGGAUAAUAUUAUUAGAAUUCCACUCCAGAUUUUUCAUGAGAAUCUUGGCAGAGGAAUGCUUCCAAUUGAAAUGGAUCGGAGUUGUGAAGAGAAGGCUGAAUUUGCGGACUUUUCGAAAGCUAAGGAUGAACUUGAAGAAAAAUUCAAUAAGUUUGAUCCUAUGUAUUUUGAAAAUAUACAGUUUAUGAUUUGUUACGCUGCAGCAGGAACAAGGUUGCGUUUUUUUGCAAUUGAUGGAUCACCAAACACAAAUCCACCAAGCCGUUUAGUUGCACUUUCAAAUCAAUUGGACAUGAAUAAUCGCCGAGAUCGUGUUUCUAUCCUCUGUAUAGUGGUUAAUAUUGCACGCAUAAUGAGGACUGUAAGCAAUACUAUUCCUGAAAUGAUUGUUCCUCUUGGAAAACGGUUGGAAACUGAAAAAUCGAUGAUUACGAUUUUAGGUGACUCAGUAGAGAAAAGGGUCUCAGUGGAACAUCUUCCAUUUGCUGAAAAUUUGGAUGAUCGUAUCAAUUUCUUAUAG